UUCUCCACGCCUGUUAACUACAAACACAGGGACCGACGAACGCUAAAUAAUUCAUCACAACAUUAUAUCAUUGACUUCAGGCCAUCUGGAUGAAAAAUCGCCACACUUCUCCUGAGAAAUUGGGAUAUUUUUCGGGGAGAAAUGUUGGUUUUCCUGCGAUAUGGGGUUAUUGUAGGGAUAUUCAUUGCUCUUUGUUCUUCAUCAAAUGGGAGCCCAAUCAAAAAGCAUGUCAAGAAAUCCCGUCGCCCCCAUGUGCGUGGUAGAGUGGAUACAAAAAAGGAUUCCGUCCGUCCAGACAUCUUGGGUGCCGUUCUGAAUCCUGAUAAACUCGAUAAAAUGGAGGAACGCGAGCUCUCCCAACUACAAGAUUUCAACAAGGAGUAUAUCAAUAAUGACAUGGCGUCCGAGACAUCACUUCUCGCAAAUCAAGGAAUCGACGACGAUUCUGCUUUACGCAUUUCCAACAUGGCUGCGCUGCCUGGAGAGUCCUCAGCCUCGCUCACAAGUCCGGUCACAGAAGUCUCUUCCAAGCAAAAGAUCGGUGACAAAAGCGCCGAGACCUCGGACUUCCAAAAGACCGGUACCACAGGAUAUAACCCGGAUGAGUACAUGUUUGACGCGAAUUCCUGGCCCGAGUACAGGAUCAAGGACUCGGAUUACACGAACCGUAACUUCAAGGUCAGCGAAGAUAACGAAGGGGGAUUGGGCCCGGGCAUGGAGGGGCCUUAUAAUGACGGCAAUGCUGGGUUCCCUGCGCAGCAGGCUCAACUGGUCAGCGAUCAACCGAAGGAUAGUGAAAAGGAAGCUCCCAGCCUACCAUCGCAUCUAGAGACGUCCACUUUGCCGGACGAGGGGAGCACGCCAGAGAGCGGAAAGGACCAGUUGAUUGAUAACAAGAUGGACAAGGGGGGCGACUCCAAGGACACGCCCAAGUCUCCCGAACAGAACAACUCUUCACAACAAACAGAGAAAGAACUAGCAAACGGCCACAACAUGUCAAAGGGGGAUGAAACCAAGGAAAAGCCAUCUCAUCGUGCCGAGAAAGAACAAGGGAAAGAUAACAAGUCAUCCAAGGGGGGCGAGACCAAGGAGCCAAAGAAAGAGAAGGCAGAUAACGAGCACAAGGAUAAAGAGAGUGGCCAUGUAAUCACAACUGGCGCGAACGGCGAUCUGGGGCAGCUUCUAUUUCCUUCACCGAUAGGUAACAACAAGAAGCCAGCAUCCGGAACAGGUGAAGUCACCCCACAUGGGAACGAGGAUAGCGCGGCAGCCGCACGACUGAAAGAAGUGCUGAUGAACAAGGGAUCGGACUCGAGCAGGACAGGGAGUCAGAUAGGAGGAUCUGAGCCCCCGCCAUCAGGGGAACAGUUGGAAAUUAGACCCCCUGCCCAUGGGGACGAGAAACCAGAGACUAGCCCCUCCCCUCAAGGGCACAGGAAACCCGACGAGACCACACUUCCAGUGGAGAUGUCUCCAGUCCUUAAACCAAAACCUGAACAAACCAAAUCCACCUCCGACAAAGGAAAGGAAGCGUCAAGUGAUUCUAAGGGUGAGAACACGGAUAACUCGACCACCGCACAGGACAUCGAAAAAGCCUUGGCAAACGCAAAGGAAAACUCGACUCUUGGGAAAUUCGCGGAAUUCCUCAAAGCUAAAGGCAUAACACUAACUAUUAACAAAAAUAAACCCAAAGAAUCAAGCGACAAGGGAGAGGAAAAAGAAGAAAAACAAGGACCAAAUGACACCACAGGGAAACCAGCAACAGGUGGAGCAAACUCAGUUGAGGCGCAAAGACUGGGGCCGAGCGUGGCGGAUACACAAGGGCCUGGACCGAACGUACAAGAAACGCAAGGGCAUGGACCUAGCGCAGCUGACACACAAGCCGGGCCGAACGCGCCAGAAAUGGAAGGGCCCGGGCCGAGCGCAGCUGACACACAAGUUGGGCCGAACGCAGCAGAAAUGCAAGUCCCUGGGGCGAGCGCGCCAGAAAUGCAAGGGCUUGGAUCGAACUCGAUGCAAGAGCCUGGGCAAAGCCAAUCCGAUAUGCCACAGGGAGCUCAGAUGGGAAUAGGAAUGUCAACGUCGGAAGAAGUCAUGAAAUUCCAGAAUGAUGUAGCAAUACCAGAGGAAUACCAACAGGGUGCGAUCUAUCUACGUCACACAAGACCACACCGUCCACGGUAGACUGAUGUUCAGUGCCCACGAUCUGACUGUGUUAUUCACAUUGAAUAGGUGUCCAAUUUAUAUUUCGCGGGCGGUCCGGGACUUAGAGAAGCGAAGCCCCCCCAUGUCUUUUUUUUCUUAUUCUUUUCCUCAUCUCUCCCUUCUCCCCGCGACUAAACAAGCACGGAGUUUCCAAAUUGGGAAGUUACGUUGUACGUUAUCAGAAGAAAUAAAAUGAAACUUAAAAAAAAAA